CAACAACAAGCAUUCAUCAUGUCGUUAAGCGAUGAUCAAGUCAACCAGGAGAUGAAGAAGAUGAUUGCUUUCAUCAAGCAGGAAGCAAUGGAGAAGGCGAGGGAGAUUCACAUUAAGGCCGACGAGGAGUUUGCUAUUGAGAAGGCAAAGCUUGUCCGUCAGGAGACUUCCAACAUCGACGCGACAUACGAGCGCAAGAAGAAGCAAGCCGCCAUGCAGCAACAAAUCUCCAAGUCCCUCAUCACCAACAAGACUCGUCUGAGGACUCUCGCAGCUCGUCAAGAAGUCCUCGACACUAUCUUCGAAGACGCCAGAAACGAGUUGAAGAACGUCUCAAAAGACAAGACCAUGUACGAGGAAUUGUUGAAGGGGUUGCUCCUGCAGGGGCUCUACUCCCUCAUGGAGAAGGAGGUCGAGGUCCGAGUCCGCGAUGCGGAUAAGGAUGUCGUAAAGAAGGCGAUCGAGAAGGCUGUUAAGGACUUUAAUGAGCAGGCUGGGUUUGAGCCGAGUGUUUCGAUUGACGAGGAGGGCGCGUUGCCAAGUGAGAGUUCGGGGGGUAUGGUUAUUGUUGGGUUGAGUGGGCGGAUUGAGGUUGAUAAUACGUUGGAGGAGAGGUUGAGACUGUUGGAGGAUGAUGCGCUGCCGGCGAUCAGGAUUGCGCUCUUUGGGUGAGUUGUCGUUGUCAUGAUGUGUGUGGAUAUGCUAACGGUGUUGUGCAGUGAAUCGCCUAACCGCAAGUUCAAGGAUUAGAGGACAUAUUACAGAGUGCCAUGAUAGGUUGUGG